AAAAUUGGGAAUUUUAUUCAACUAGAUAAAGGGAAAUAAAGGCUUGGCCAGCCCAAAAGCCAAGUAAAAGAUGGAAAACGAAUUGGGAUUGUAUGAUGAUGGAGAGUUUUUGAUGGCCGAGUUUGAGUUUGAUGAGAAUAUGGUCGUGCGUACAGAUCAGCUGCAGCAGGGCACCACUGUGCUGGUGUCCAACGAGAAUGAUGGCAUUGUAAGUCACGAGGAUUUGUCCAAGUUCUUUGAAAUACCCACGGGCAUACAAAUGCCCACUGAGGAGGCUGUGGAGCGCACAUUGGCGGAUCCUACGCUUAAGCAAAUCCUGCAGGAGGCGGAUGGCAAAGUGGACUUUGAUGCUGAGGCAGAGCAGGCCAAGCUGCGUGAGUUUCUCUCAGGUGUGCCGCCCAGCAUUAGACCCCCAGAGAAGAUCAAUUUGCCACCGCCGCGCCCAAGUCCAGCUAUGCCGCCCACAAAUGCCUAUCGCAUCAUACGCUGCGCCAAUUGCGGCAGCCUCUUUGACACGCCCUCGUUUCAAACCCACAACUGCACAAUAAGCGUUGCGCCUAAGGCAAAUGCUACAGAGCCUGCUGCGGCUGCUGCUUCCGCUUCCGCUGACACUGACAAAAAGCCCGCUGCACAACUCAAGAAGUCCGCCAGCGAGCGCAUCAUCAUAGAGAACCAAGUGCGCAUACGUCGCUAUAUGAAGGAUGAGCUCAAGUAUGAUCUAGAAACGGGCAUCGAUACUUCCAAGAACAAAAAGGCCGUCACCAAAGGACCUAAUGAGUGCAGCAUCUGUGAGCGCAAGUUUGUACAUGCCUCGGGCUUGGUGCGGCACAUGGAGAAGCAUGCGCUGGAUCUCAUACCCAAUCAGAACGGAUUGCAGCAGCAUACAGCGCCCGGUAACACUCUGGGACUACUGGUGGUGCUCAAAUGUAAUCCUUGUGGGCGUGUGUUCUACGAUGUUAAGCUGGCGCUGGAGCAUGCGCCACAGCAUCCACAGCCCGCGCCGCCAGCAGCGCAGCCAGCAAAGCCGGAGGCUGAAUUGAAACAACAGCUGGAGCACAUGUUGCUGGAGGGUGAGCAAUUGCUAUCGCUGGCGUUGGAGCUGCAACAGCUUUCCAAGCCGCCGGAGCCCUUUACGCUGCUGGUGUUGAGCAAUGUGCUGCAGUGCGAGUUUUGUGAUUACAUCUUUGCCGAGGUUUCCCAUCUGCUCAUGCACUCGGCCAGCCAUGUGCCGGAGCGGCGCUUCGAGUGCACCGCCUGCAACAUACGCAUGACUACCGCCAAGGAGGCCAGCGUGCAUUACCAAACCGACUGUGUCUAUAUGCGUGAGGGUCUCAAGCAGCUGACGGCGCCACUCAAUCGCUACUUUGUUUGCAAUGUCUGCGAACUAAAGUUCUCCAACAUGGAGCUGCUGCAGGAGCAUCGCUACAGCAGCUAUCACUACUUUCCACGUCUCAGCGAGCAGGGCUCGCGUCUGCUGCUGCCCUGUGAGUUCUGCGCCGUGAACUUUGAGUAUGCGCAUGAGAUUCAGCCGCAUUACGAGGAGAAGCAUUUGAAUAAGAAGAAGCGCGAGAAGGAAAUGCGUAAUACUGGCGCUGGCAAUGCUGUGGGUAGACUACGUCAAUAUCUGUGCGAUAUUUGUGGCAAAUCCUAUACUCAGUCCAGUCAUCUCUGGCAGCAUUUGCGUUUCCAUCAGGGCGUUAAGCCCUUUGUUUGUCAGGAGCAGAACUGCGGCAGAAAGUUUACCAUACGUCCGGAUCUCAACGAUCACAUACGCAAGUGCCAUACGGGUGAACGUCCGUAUCAUUGUUUGGUCUGUGGCAAGCGCUUCCUCACCGGUUCCGUCUUCUAUCAACAUCGCCUUAUUCAUCGUGGCGAGCGUCGCUACGAGUGCGACGAGUGUGGCAAGCGUUUCUAUCGUGCCGAUGCACUAAAGAACCAUCAGCGCAUCCAUACCGGCGAGAAGCCCUACGAUUGCCCAUUUUGCACCAAAACCUUUCGUCAGCGUGGCGAUCGGGAUAAACAUGUGCGUGCCCGUCAUUCUCAUCUGGAUGCCAAUGCACGUCUGAUGAUGCAAAUGCAAAAGUUUGAGUUGGAAACUGCUGCCGCAUUGAGAGCUCGCCAAAUGGCGGAAGGUAUGAAUGUCAUUGAUGAGUUUGUUACGAACCCCUUGGCUGAUGCUUAUAUGCACUCGCCCUCAUCUUCGAUGAUAGAGGAGCAGCAGUACGAUAUGGUGGAGCUAGAUCCCAAUGAUUUUUCUGAAGGGUCGCGUUUUGUGCAAAACAUAGCGGUACCCAUUGGCCACUUGGAGCAGGAUAUUAUCACCUACGAGGAGCCGGAGGAAAUGUCAACUGUUGUCGAUGAGCCGCCAUAUGAAAUAAACAUUAAUAUGGCGCUGGAGAACAAUGAUAAUGCUAGAGUAGUAGUUGUUGAAAAUAAUUCAUCACAGCCAUUUUAUUACUAAUUGACUAAAUAAACACAAAUUUGAAUCUGAGCGUGGUUC